CAUUAAAUUAAAUAUUAUUAGGGUAGGCUCAUGAUAAAGUGAGAGUGAGACAAUGCACAUAAUCCUCUUAGAAGACUUCAGGUAUUAUGCUGAUCCAUUGUAAACACUUGUCCUGUGUCCUACAUAACCCUGUGGCCAUUGGCAACAAUUUCUUUGUGCCACAAUAACCAGCUGUGGAAAUCUGCUUUUGGAGAUUUUUGCACCCCUGACUUUGCAGACAUUGGUUUUGUGGGAAGAAGAGUUGAGGAUGACAUGAAUAACGCAGCUGAAGUUUUAGAUCCUGUCACCCCGCGGUCUGCUGGGGAGAGAGCUAGACUUGUCCUCUGCCAAAGUCCAUUUAUGCAGCUUAAUUCUCCAUAGCCAGUAGCAUCACAACGCUUUGGAGGGAAAUGUAUUGUACAAGAAGGAAGCAACUGCAGCUGAGUCGGAUCCUGUUUCUCCUCUCUGGGGUUUUUCUCUGUACCCUCUACCAGCUGACCAUCAGUGCCAGACUGUACAAGCCUUUGCCAAUGCCUCAGAUUGGAGAGGACUUUGGAGAAGGUUCAACAGGGGGGGUUGAGGAGGCUACAGUAGAGACUCAGGGGCUUGAGGAACCUCUCACUGCAACACAUGAAUUAGAGCCCACAGAUCAAACAACACCAGGGAUGCAUGGUGUAAAUCAUUCGGAUACAACUUCAAAUUUUAAAGCAUCCACCCCCACUGAAUCUCCACCAUCACCAACUACAAACCGAACUAUUGUGCAUUGCAUCUACGUGGCCCCUGAGCCUCCACUAGAGACAUCCACGCCCACACCAGCUCCUUCUGUGACCACCAUCACUCCAGCUUCUCCUGGUGAAGCUCCACAUAUAAAGGGUGAAUACCCUGAAGAUCUUUUUUCUAUUGAAGACCGUAGACAAGGCUGGGUGAUCCUCCACAUUUUUGGGAUGAUGUACAUGUUCAUUUCACUUGCAAUUGUGUGUGAUGAGUUCUUUGUUCCUGCACUGGGGGUAAUAACAGACAAGUUAGCCAUCUCUGAAGAUGUAGCAGGAGCCACCUUUAUGGCUGCUGGAGGUUCUGCUCCUGAGCUUUUCACCUCCUUGAUAGGAGUCUUCAUCGCCCACAGCAAUGUGGGUAUUGGCACAAUUGUUGGUUCAGCAGUUUUCAACAUUUUGUUUGUGAUUGGAAUGUGUGCUUUGUUUUCACGGGAGGUACUACAUCUAACCUGGUGGCCACUUUUCAGAGAUGUAUCCUUCUACAUACUUGGCCUAAUCUUACUCAUCAUCUUCUUCUUGGAUAAUGUCAUAAUGUGGUGGGAGAGCAUGAUGCUGGUGGCCUGUUACACUCUCUAUGUAAUUUUCAUGAAGUUCAACGUGCAAAUAGAGCGGACCUUUAAGACUCUACUGCUCAAAAACAAGAACAUUGUCAGAAUUAUUGCUGUGGAAAACCCUGAAAAGGCAAAUGGGGACGCUGAAUAUAAUGUCCAUCCUGCUCCAGAGAACAAGAGUCGGUUAAAGUUGAAGCCAUCCCUUCAGCGAGGGGGAAGCUCAGCUUCUUUGCACAACAGCACCAUGAGAAACACCAUCUUCCAACUUAUGAUCCACACAUUAGAUCCUCUAGGAGAGGAUGGUGGAGGAAAAACUGAGCCGACCAAAGAGCCAGAGGCUGCCCCAGCCCUAGCAACGGAGAAGAAGGAUCAACCAGAGGACAAUAAGGAGGAUUUGCCAGCAGGAGACAAUGGGUCAGGAGGCUCUGACAGUGAUGAAGAUGACAGCAAUGAAGACAGCGAUGAGUCCAGUGAAGAAGAAAAUGAUGAGGAGGAGGAAGAUGAAGAUGAGGGGGAGAAAAAAGAAGAGGAGAAAGAAGAUGAACCUCUGUCUUUAGAUUGGCCUGACACACCACGUAAACAAGCCACCUACCUCUUCUUGCUACCCAUAAUCUUCCCUCUGUGGCUCACAGUUCCAGAUGUACGCAACAAGAAAUCCAGAAAAUUCUUUGCGGUCACCUUCCUGGGCUCUAUUCUGUGGAUUGCUAUCUUCUCCUACCUCAUGGUGUGGUGGGCCCAUCAGGUGGGUGAGACCAUCGGCAUCUCAGAGGAGAUUAUGGGCCUGACUAUCCUGGCUGCAGGGACAUCCAUCCCUGACCUUAUUACCAGUGUGAUAGUGGCACGUAAAGGCCUGGGGGACAUGGCUGUGUCCAGCUCAGUGGGCAGUAACAUCUUUGACAUCACAGUGGGUCUUCCGGUGCCAUGGCUCCUGUACUCAUCCUUCCACGAUUUUGCUCCAGUGGCCGUCAGCAGCAACGGGCUCUUCUGUACCAUCGUGCUGCUCUUUAUCAUGCUCCUCUUUACCAUCAUCUCCAUUGCAUCCUGUAAGUGGAAGAUGAAUAAGCUGCUGGGUUCCACAAUGUUCCUGCUCUACUUUAUUUUCCUGGUGCUUAGCGUGAUGCUGGAGGAUCGCAUCAUAAUCUGCCCAGUUUCUAUCUGAAUGUGUGAGCAGAAGCUACAGCAGGCAUUCUCUUCACUUCACAACAGAAGCGCAACUGUUUUAUACAUACAUGUACAGAUAUCAUGUGCAUAGGUCUGGAUAUCUGUAGAAACUGAAGUGCAGAAGGCUAGUUGCUCUGCAUUGCUGCCAGUGACGUGUCCAGUAUGUCAGCAACAAUACACAUUACAUUUUCUAGAACUUGUUACAUACUCACUUUAAGUAACAAUGGCAGCUUUUACAUACAUUUUUAAUACAAAAAGACACAGAACUAUUGACUAAUAUAGUGUAGCUAAGUGUAUAAGCAUGAACACUAAUAAGAGUAUUAACAUUUUUUCACUGUUUACAAUACAGCAUCUACAGAAUGUAACUAGAAAUCUAGAAUGUGUGCACAUUUUGGAAAAUGUAUGUGGUUUCUAAAUGUGAAUUUGUAUAACAUGUAAGUACACACAACAACUAUUUUAUAACAUUCAUUAAAGAGAACCUGAGCAUUCUUGAACUCACUGUUCUUUCAUGCAUAUCAGUUUUCAUAAAAAGGUCAGGCAUAGCAAUAGCACUUUGGAAAUAAUCAAACUUGACUUCCUUAGAAUAAAUGUGUUUAUUCAUAAAUGAAAGCAAACUAUAGAUCCAGCCAAAGAAGAAAUUUGAUUUCCUUUUUAUAUAAAAAUCAUACAAAUUAGUAUCUGUGUUACAAAUGAAAAAUAAUACUUCAUAAACAUUGUUUAAAUUGACAAAUUGUGUAAACAACAUGUAAACAUCAAAUGUUUUGGUCAUCAGUGUUUGUUUGUUUUUGUCCCAACUGUGAUAUUGGUGUUUAUUCCAAGCACACAGCCUUGUCUUAUCCAGCAUCGUAUCAUCAUAAGUUAUUGUGGUGAAGUCCAGUAAUAAGCUGUAGAGCGGCAUCACAUUACUACCAUUCCAGGCAGGCUUUUGUCAGUUAAAAGUGAAAGACAAUAUUAACACAGUGAACCAUCACACUCAUUUUUGGAAGUGAUUUUGAAUUAGGGCAGGUCAGAGCUGUUGUCUUAACGUAACACCUUUGACAUUAACAUAUCUUUUAAUAUACCCAGUGCAAAGAAACGUGCACAAUCAUCAAAGAGAUUUAAAAUGCCUUUUCUUUUUGCUGUAUGUCACAUUAAACAGUGCACUGUUGUCCAAAUGUCUAAAACUGACAUCUACACUAUACAGUGAAGACCUAAAGAAAAUAUACAAAAUACUAGAAUCAAAUACUACAUUUUUAAAGAUCCAUUAUUGUAUAAAUUAAUUUCUCUAUCAAAAAAAUGUGUUGAUUAAACCAACAGAAAACAUUUUGUUUUUAUUCAUCUACUAUUAGUUUGAUUGUACUGUUUUUAAGGAAAUCUAUCCUUGGUGGUCCCAUAUAACACAUAAAUCCUUACAUUAAAAAGUUAUUGUUUAAAAAACUGUAAAUAAAUCUUAGUACUAUUCCCUUUUGGGUUCUUUUGGUACACUGUACAAAAAAGGAUAACAAAUAAACAUUGUGCAUAUACA